UGAUAUAUUGGCCUAUUUUAAAAAAAAUAGGAAGAGGGAGAUAGAAGAAGCCUUAAAAAAAUUUAAAAUCAAAAGGUUGAGAGAAGGUCAAAGGGAAGCGAUGGAAGAAAUACUAAAUGGGAAAGAUACUUUCUUGAUCAUGUCCACUGGUACUGGCAAGAGUUUGUGCUAUCAAUUGCCAGCAUUGAUAACAAAGGGGCUGACAGUAGUGGUAUCACCACUACUGUCAUUAAUGCUUGAUCAAGUAAAAAAUUUAAAAGAACUCAACAUAAAUGUAUUAUAUUUAUAUGGUGACCAAAAUGAUAGUGAAAAGCAAGAUGAUUUUAUAGAACUAAAAAAAUCCAUGCUAGCUUUCAGGAUUCUGUAUUUGACACCUGAAAUGCUAAAUCAAAAUCCUGCAGUUGUCUCAAUAGUAGAAAAUUUGCACCAAAGGGAUCAAUUAACAAGGUUUGUUAUUGAUGAAGCUCAUUGUGUUAGUGAAUGGGGACAUGAUUUUAGACCAGCCUACAAAGAAAUAGGCAAAUUAAAAAAAGAAUAUCAAGAUAUUCCUAUUGUUGCUCUAACUGCAACAGCAAAUCUUGAAAUAAGAUCUGAUGUGAUGAACAUUUUAGAAAUUCAUGUAUGUAAGAAAGAUAAUAAAACAUCAGAAAACCUUGUGGAUUUCAUUAAAGACUAUAGAGGUGAAUCAGGUAUCAUCUAUUGCACAUUUAAAAAAGAUUGUGAAGAAGUAGCACAGUAUCUACAAAGAUCUGAGAUUUCUGCAGAGUACUAUCAUGCAGGAAUAGAUAAACCUGAUAUUAGGUUUAUCAUUCAUUAUACAAUCCCACAUUCUAUUUCAUGGUACUACCAAGAGACUGGAAGGGAAGGCAGAGAUGGAAACCUUGCCAAAUGCAUCUUGUUUUAUGCUGUUGAUGAUUAUGAAUUGUUAAAAAGAUUGAUACUUUAUGGAAACAAAACUCAUGAACAAAAAACAUCAUCACUACUAGAUCAAACAGCGUCAUCAUCAACAUCAUCUGAUCCAAUAACAUUGUUGACAUCAACAAUUCCUGAUUCAUCAUCUAAUGACAAUGAAAAUAUCAAAAGAUAUUUUGAAGAAUGA